ACAAUCACAUCUGAUCAUGCUAUUGAGUGAAAAAGUGAAAUUUUUACCAACGGGAAUUAGAAAGUGUUGACUCCUUAAUUUCUAUUGCUAGCCGUCCAGUUAGUGAUUUCAAGACUGAGUCCAUGGAAAGUUCUAACUCCAAACAAAUCCGCAGCAUAUUCAAAGAAGCCAUCCAGCUGCUGCUAAAGGAAGGUUACAUUUUCCAAAAGGACCAAAAUCGGGAGGUUUAUCAGGUCGCUGAUCAGGAUAAAGAUCUGCACAAACUUACCCUUAACAUCAUUAAAGAAGACUGCAGAAGGCAAAAGCAUGCAGAAAAAGGCUGCCACUUUCUCCAUAUCUUGACCUGUGUCCGGCUGAGCGUUGGCUCCAGCGUUAGUGAGGCCGUACCGCAGCGCGCCAUUGACACCCUGGAAGGAAACAGCGAUAUUGUUAGCACCAUGGAAAAUUACUACACGGCUUUUUAGCAGAAGUGAGAACUCUCGGAGGAUAUCGGCUAUCCAGGAAGCUGGGAAAUCGCCGUGUUGGGACUUUUAUAGACUUUUUUAUGUCAAUCUCAUCAGUGUGGGUUUACACAGUUGGAAUGGAGCAAACCAUGUGCAGUUUUUGAUGAUUUUUUUAUUUAUAAAUGAAAGCAAUAUUAUUAAAGGAAAUAAUAUAUAAUAA